GUUUACGCGACAGAUGAGCAGAUAAUGGAACCGGCUAAUCACCAUGACCUGAAUGAGUCUCUUAUUGACCAUACAGAAGGCCAAUUCUUCUUGAAUGAAGCCUUCAAAAUUAUUAUGGAGGAGGUGCUCUCCAAGGGCACAGAUGUCAAACAGAAGGUUUGUGAAUGGAAAGAGCCAGAGGAGCUAGCUCUGCUCCUGGAUUUGGGGGUGAGAGAGACAGGAGAGCCACAAGAAAAGCUCCUACAGAGAGUAAGAGAUGUCGCCAAGUACAGCAUUAAGACAAGUCACCCACAUUUUUUUAAUCAGCAGUACGGAGGGGUGGACUAUCAUUCCCUGGCUGGAAGAUUCCUCACUGAGGCUCUCAACACUAAUCUCUUCACCUAUGAGGUAGCCCCGGUCUUUGUACUGAUGGAGACUGAGGUCCUGAGAGGCCUACGUCAGCUGGUUGGUUGGACAGAGGGUGACGGGAUUUUCUGCCCAGGGGGCUCAACCUCCAACAUGUAUGCCAUGAACCUUGCACGCUACCGACUCUUCCCAGAGGUCAAAAGCCAGGGGUUGUGGGCUCUCCCGCGGCUAAGCAUCUUUACAUCUCCAGAGAGCCACUACUCUGUAAAGAAGGGCGCUGCAUUUCUGGGGAUUGGUAUGGACAAUGUCAUCUUUGUGAACGUGGAUGAUAGAGGUCGUAUGAUUCCAGAGGACCUGGAUGAAAAAAUAGAGCUGUCCAAAUCUCAGGGUGCAGUGCCAUUACUUGUGAGCUGCACGUCAGGGACCACAGUGCAGGGUGCGUUUGACCCUCUGGAUCGCAUAGCUGAUGUUUGUGACAAACACAAGCUGUGGAUGCACGUAGAUGCUUGCUGGGGAGGGAGCGUGCUUUUUUCUAAGAAACACAAACAUCUGAUGAAAGGAAUUGACAGAGCAAAUUCAGUAGCAUGGAAUCCCCACAAGAUGCUGGUGGCUGGCUUGCAGUGUUCUGCCUUCCUCCUAAAGGAUACCACGAAUUUGUUGAAGCAGUGCCACAGUGCCAGUGCCACAUACCUCUUCCAGCAAGACAAGUUCUACGAUGUGAAUCUGGACAUAGGAGAUAAGUCUGUGCAGUGCAGUCGCAAGGUCGACUGUCUGAAGUUGUGGCUGAUGUGGAAAGCUGUUGGCUCCAUGGGUUUAGCAGAGCGUGUAGAGAAGGCUUUUAUUCAUGCAAGAUAUCUGGUGGAGCAGAUGAAGAAAAGAGAGGGGUUCCAACUUUUGAGCAUGCCAGAGUUUGUGAAUGUCUGCUUCUGGUUUAUACCACCGAGUUUGAGAGGGAAGGAAGGAACUGAAGAUUACCAGGAGAAACUGGCAAAAGUGGCUCCAAUCAUCAAAGAACGCAUGAUGAAGCAAGGCACUAUGAUGGUUGGCUACCAGCCUCUAGGAAACAAGGUCAACUUUUUUCGUGUGAUUGUAUUGUCGCCACUACUGUCCCAGAAAGACAUGGACUUCUUUCUCAAUGAAAUUGAAAGACUAGGCAAGGAUCUGUGA